AUGACGCGUACCAACUCCUCCGAAUCCUCCUCACUCUCCAACAUCGACGUCCAAGCCGCCGCCGGAGCCCUACUAGAGGAGAGCUCGAUCGCCUCCCCAGAUCGCGUGUCGAGGUCCACACCACCGACUAGUCUAGGCGAGAGCGCUAGUGUCGGCUCCGCGCAGAAAUCAGGAGGCGACGACGAUGGCAUUAGUGGGAGACGCUCGAGACGCGUCAGGGGCGGUGGUGUUUCGACGUAUAAUCUUAAGCAGUUGUCUGAUGCUCAAUUACCGGCUACUACUGCUGCUAGUAGUCGGAAUGUCUCUGGUCUGACUGGACGGACGCUGGUCAAUGCCGAGGAUGAUGAGCAGACUGGCACGCCGUUUGGGAGGAAAGUGGGGAAGGCAUUGGAUAUGGACUGGGAGAUCCCGGCUGGUGCGACUCGGGAGAACACUGGUUGGGUGUUGGAGAGGAAGCCGAGUGUCAGGGAUAGGGUGAAGAAGGCUGCUGGGAAGGUGGGCUCGGUGCUGGGGAAGCGUGGUCGUGAUAUCAUGGAAGCUGGGAAGCGGAAACUGAGCAAGAAAACAAAGGUCCAAGCCCACGAGGUUGAGGAGGAUGAGGAAGACGAUGAGGACAACAUGCCGAGGUGGAAGAAGGAGCUGGAUACUGGACCUCGAGGACUGCUGGACGAACUGGACCUGGAUGCUGAAGUCGACCUACCUCCUCCUGCAAAAAAAGCACGGCUGGCUACCAAGGCUGUACUGAGAGAGAUGGCACAGCCUCCUGCUGCACCUCCACCAGCUGCCAAAGCUUCAGCUCCUAGCAAGAAGAUGAAGCGGUGGCAGAAGGAGGGUCUCUACGUGGGUCAGAGUGCCGAUUUCGACGGAGCUCAAAUUGGCGGUCGUCAGAAGCUGCAGAAGAAAAGACCUGUGUCGUCUGCAUCAAAUGAGGCGGGCGACGAUGUCCCAUCCAACUCCACGCCACCAUUCAUGACACUACCCAUGUUCGCCUACCUUGAUAAGACGAGGGACUUCACCAUCCCCUACGACGUCUUUGCGCCAUCGUGGAAGAAAGGCGACGAGAAACCGAAGGACUGGCACCAGGUCAAUAAGAACCGUCUUAUCGGCGAAGCGAAAGAUUUAUGGGAGAGGUCUGAGCGCCUUCCAGCUUCGAUGUGUGUUUGUUCGCCACCUGGACCGGGCGAAUUGGGCUGCGACGAUGUCUGUCUGAAUCGCGUCAUGCAGUACGAGUGCAACGACGAUAACUGCAAUCUCUCUUCCGAAACCUGUGGCAAUCGUGCUUUUGCGGAACUCUCCACGCGAACGAAGAAAGGAGGACCAUUCGACGUUGGCGUUGAAGUGCUCAAGACGGCUAAUCGUGGGUUUGGGGUGAGAUCGUGUCGGACCUGGGCCGCUGGCCAGAUCAUAAUGGAAUACACCGGCGAGAUCGUCUCCGAAGGCGAAUGUCAACGUCGCAUGCGUGAGGACUACAAGGACAAACAAUGCUACUACCUCAUGGAACUGGAACGCGGCCUCAUCAUCGACGGCACGAAAGGCUCCAUGGCACGCUUCAUUAACCACUCCUGCGAGCCGAACUGCGAAGUCCGCAUGGUCAAAGUGAACGGCACGCCACGUAUGGGUGUCUUCGCGGGACCCGAAGGAAUAACGACUGGUCAGGAAUUGACCUACGACUACAACUUCGACAAUUUCGGGGAAACGCAACAGAAAUGCUACUGUGGCGCCCCGUCCUGCCGUGGAUCCCUGAGUAAACGACUAAACGCCACAGAGCAGAAGAAGCAACUCAAAGCGGAGAACGAACGGAAGAGGAAAGCGGAGAUCGAGGCACAGAGACAUGCAGGAGACGAGGAGCGGAAGAAGAAAGUCAAGACUUCGCGUGGCUCGAAUUGGCGUGGGUGGGUUGCGAUCGAUGAUCCGGAGACGAAGGAGCGAUUGAAGGCCGAGAAGAAGGAGAGGGAGGAGACGGAGAAGGGGUCGAGUCGGGCGAGGAGGUUGGCUGCUAGGAGGGGAUCUCUGCCUGGCGUUGAACGAGCGCCGCUACUGAGGAAGAAGGACUCCUCGAGGAGGAAGACAGUGCAUGAGGCAGUUUUGCCACCCGAAGACCAGGAGGCGGUAACGGUAGACGAGCAAGCGAACGAAGGAGCUCAGAUCACCAUCUCGCCGCGCAAGGAUCAACCACACAACCCCUCUACCGCCUCGAAAUUCACCGAAGACCUCCCGCGCUCGGACUCCGUAAACAGUACCUCGACCAUAACCCGCAAGACCAAAAUCACCAUCACGGAGACGGAAAAAGCCGUUCACCGUUCGCAAACCCGGGAAAGCGAGACACUGGCAUCGAGCUCAGCGUCAGAGGCGGCGAAUAGAAAGAAACAGCCGAUCAAAGACGCGGUCAAGAGUGUUGGGCAAGCUGUUAAGGAUAGUUUGCUCGGCGCUACUGGCAGUGGUAAGUCGGAGAGGAGUAGUGGGGGGAGGAUGAAGCAGAGUACGUUGAUGUUUGCUAAGCUGGGGUGA